UCCACCCGCUGAAGCACAGUUCACUAUGAUCGUACUCGCAUCCAGCACUGGAAGCCGGUUGGAUUUCGUGUCUCAGUCCAGGGUGUUUUUCUUGCAAACCUUCAUUUGGAUUUUAUGUGCUACGGUGUGCAAAGCGGAGCAGUAUUUCAAUGUGGAGGUUUGGUUACAAAAGUAUGGCUACCUUCCACCAACUGACCCCCGAAUGUCGGUGUUGCGCUCUGCAGAAACCAUGCAAUCAGCUAUAGCUGCCAUGCAGCAGUUCUAUGGCAUUAAUAUGACAGGAAAAGUGGACAGGAACACAAUUGACUGGAUGAAGAAACCUCGAUGUGGUGUGCCUGACCAAACACGAGGCAGCUCCAAAUUUAACAUUCGUCGGAAACGCUACGCGUUAACAGGACAGAAAUGGCAACACAAACAUAUCACUUACAGCAUAAAGAACGUCACUCCAAAAGUAGGUGAUGCUGAAACUCGUAAAGCCAUUCGCCGUGCCUUCGAUGUGUGGCAGAAUGUAACUCCUCUGACAUUUGAAGAAGUUCCUUAUAUUGAAUUAGAAAAUGGCAAGAGAGACGUGGAUAUUACUAUCAUUUUUGCAUCAGGUUUUCAUGGAGACAGUUCUCCCUUUGAUGGGGAGGGAGGAUUUUUAGCUCAUGCAUAUUUUCCUGGCCCAGGAAUUGGAGGAGACACUCAUUUUGACUCAGAUGAGCCAUGGACUUUGGGAAAUCCCAAUCAUGAUGGAAACGACCUCUUUCUAGUUGCAGUGCACGAACUCGGACAUGCUCUGGGCUUGGAGCACUCUAAUGACCCCACUGCAAUCAUGGCUCCAUUUUACCAAUAUAUGGAAACUGACAACUUCAAACUACCUAAUGAUGAUUUGCAGGGCAUCCAGAAGAUAUACGGUCCACCUGACAGGAUACCACCACCAACCAGACCUCUGCCAACAGUGCCCCCACAUCGUUCAGUCCCUCCAGCAGACCCACGAAAGAAUGACAGGCAACCCAAACCUCCCCGGCCACCCACUGGUGACAAACCUUCCUAUCCCGGAGCCAAGCCUAACAUCUGUGAUGGGAACUUCAACACUCUGGCUAUUCUUCGCCGGGAAAUGUUUGUUUUUAAGGAUCAGUGGUUUUGGCGAGUCAGGAACAACAGGGUGAUGGAUGGAUACCCCAUGCAGAUUACCUACUUCUGGAGGGGACUGCCUCCCAGCAUUGAUGCAGUUUAUGAAAACAGUGAGGGGAAUUUUGUCUUCUUUAAAGGUAACAAGUUCUGGGUUUUCAAGGACACUACUCUCCAGCCAGGUUAUCCUCAUGAUUUGAUAACGCUUGGAAGUGGAAUUCCUUCCCACGGCAUUGAUUCAGCGAUUUGGUGGGAAGAUGUUGGGAAAACCUACUUCUUCAAAGGAGAUAGAUACUGGAGGUACAGUGAAGAAAUGAGAUCCAUGGACCCUGGUUAUCCCAAACCCAUCACAAUUUGGAAAGGUAUCCCAGAAUCUCCUCAGGGAGCCUUUGUCCACAAAGAAAAUGGCUUCACAUACUUCUACAAAGGAAAAGAGUACUGGAAAUUCAAUAACCAGAUGCUCAGGGUGGAACCUGGCUAUCCCAGAUCCAUCCUCAAGGAUUUUAUGGGUUGUGAUGGACCAACAGAUCGAGAUAAAGACCGACACAGCCCUCAAGACGAUGUUGACAUUGUCAUCAAACUGGACAACACAGCCAGCACUGUGAAAGCCAUAGCCAUCGUCAUUCCCUGCAUCCUGGCCUUGUGCCUCCUUGUCUUGGUUUACACUGUGUUCCAGUUCAAAAGGAAAGGAACACCCCGCCACAUACUGUACUGCAAACGCUCUAUGCAAGAGUGGGUGUGAUGUAGGGUUUUGGUUUUUUUUCUUUCCCUCCCAGGAGUUUGUGGUAACUUGAGAUUCUACACAAGAGCUGAUAAGCAGUUUCCUAGCUAGGAGCGGGCAUCUGUCGGUGUGAAACAAAGCUGAUCUGUAAAACCCAGGGCUGCCUGUCCUGCGCCUGAGUGGCGAUUCGCUCAGCUGGGAAGCUUCCAUGAUACACAGUAUCUGCUGUUUCUUCAGUCCUUUGUCUUUCUUUGUCAUUCAAUUCUAGGCCUUCCCUCUGCACGCUCAAUGCCCUAUAAACUAUCAGGAUUAACUAACGAAGAGGAAUAAAAGUAUCUCCAGUGUUUCUACAUUUUUCCCUUAAGGCCUGUUCCCCUUUGAAAAAUUUUUUGCUGAAAGUAAAUUUUUUUAGAGAAACACAAC